CAUCCUCAGGAUUUCCUGGACAAUCUGGAAAAACAAGAUUGAGAUAUAGAUCUGUCGAUCUCUCUUUCCUCCCUCUGCUCCUCCCUCUGAGCCUCCUCUUUUAACUAAAUAUGCCUGAGACACCUUUUCAGAAAGACUCUCCCUCUGGUGAUCAGAGCCACUCCUAGCAAGUUGAAAGCUCAGGCUCUGUCUUCAAGAUGGACCUCAGUGCUACAAGUCACCGCAUUCCUCUGGGUGAUGGAAACAGCAUUCCCAUCAUCGGACUCGGUACCUAUUCAGAGCCUAAAACGACCCCUAAGGGGAGCUGUGCGACAUCAGUCAAGAUUGCCAUUGACACGGGGUACCGACACAUUGACGGGGCCUACAUCUACCAAAAUGAGCACGAAGUGGGCGAAGCCAUCAGGGAGAAGAUAGCAGAAGGGAAGGUGCGGAGAGAGGAUAUUUUCUACUGUGGGAAGCUGUGGGCUACACACCAAGACCCAGCGAUGGUGCAGCCAACCCUGGAGAGGACACUCAGUAUCCUCAAGCUUGAUUAUGUGGACCUUUACAUCAUUGAAAUACCCAUGGCCUUCAAACCUGGAGAUGAAAUCUAUCCCAGAGAUGAGAAUGGCAAGUGGUUAUACCACAAGACAAAUCUAUGUGCCACAUGGGAGGCUUUGGAAGCUUGCAAAGACGCUGGCCUGGUGAAAUCCCUCGGGGUGUCCAACUUUAACCGCAGGCAGCUGGAGCUCCUCCUGAACAAACCAGGACUCAAGCACAAGCCCGUCUGCAACCAGGUUGAAUGCCAUCCAUAUUUCACCCAGCCAAAACUCCUGAAAUUUUGCCAACAACAUGACAUUGUUAUUGUUGCAUAUAGUCCCUUGGGGACCGCUAGGAAUCCAGACUGGGUGAAUACAUCUCUCCCGCCUUUGUUAAAGGACACACUGCUGAACUCACUGGGCAAAAAGUACAAGAAGACUGCAGCCCAAAUUGUUUUGCGUUUCAACGUUCAGCGAGGGGUGGUUGUCAUUCCUAAAAGCUUUAAUCCUGAAAGGAUCAAAGAGAACUUUCAGAUCUUUGACUUUUCUCUCACUGAAGAAGAAAUGAAGGACAUUGAAGCUUUGAAUAAAAAUGUUCGAUAUGUGGAACUGCUCAUGUGGCGUGACCAUCCAGAAUAUCCAUUCCAUGACGACUACUGACUUCAGGGAAUGUCUGCACAGAUUGUUCCUCCCCCUUAGUGCCCAGACCCUGAGAUGCGUGGUUCCCACAGAGGUGGGCAUGAAACGGGCUGUAUAAUCCUCAGACCAAGUGUUAAUUGAAUCACACUUUUUCCUGAUAUAAGUGACUUUGA